AUUCCCUGGCGUGGCUCGUGCUGCAGGGAGUGGGACGGGUUUUUGGUGAACUUCCUGGUAGUUCAGGGUGUAGCAGUCCUUCAAUGACAGAAAAGGAAAGGGGAAAUUGUCGCACCACUCCCACAGCGGAUUCAGGGGAACCGAAUCCCGGCAGAAGCUGCACACUGGCAGACACCUGGUCCCCAUCAUACUUCAUUCGAGUCCUGGUUCUGGGAGUGACCGGGGUUUCCUGCGGGUGAACGGCUGUCGGAGGGGCGGUGUGUGGCACUGUGGGAGAAGCUGUAACAGAGCCCGCUGUGGGUGCGCUGGGAGUGGUAGUGGGAGUGUCGGGAGGAACCCGGCAGGACUGGGCCACUGUAGCUGACAGAGAGCGAGCUGACCGGGCUGACGGUCUCACACAGCGGGGGACUGAAAUCAAACCAUCGGUCUGUGCUCUCUGCUUUGGACCGAGGAACUCAGGCUGUUUCUAAACUCAGGUGGCGGCGAGUGACGGGGUCCGGGCGAUGAUGGAGUCGGCCCUGACAGCCAGAGACCGGGUGGGGGUGCAGGAUUUCGUCCUGCUGGAAAACUACACCAGCGAGGCGGCUUUCAUAGAGAACUUGCGAAAACGCUUCAAGGAAAACCUGAUCUACACCUACAUUGGUUCUGUGCUGGUGUCGGUAAACCCAUACAAAGACCUGGAGAUCUACACCAAGAACCACAUGGAGCGAUACCGUGGUGUCAACUUCUACGAAGUUUCCCCACACAUAUAUGCGGUGUCAGACAAUGCGUACCGCUCCAUGAGGACAGAGAGGAAGGACCAGUGCAUCCUGAUCUCAGGGGAGAGCGGUGCUGGGAAGACAGAGGCUUCCAAGAAGAUACUGCAGUACUACGCUGUCACCUGUCCAGCCAGCGAGCACGUGCAGACCAUCAAAGACCGUCUGCUGCAGUCCAACCCAGUGCUGGAGGCCUUUGGUAAUGCCAAGACCUUGCGUAACGACAAUUCUAGCCGCUUUGGCAAGUACAUGGACAUUCAGUUUGACUUCAAGGGAGCUCCCGUCGGUGGCCACAUCAUCAACUACUUGCUGGAGAAGUCCCGGGUGGUCCACCAGAACCACGGGGAGAGAAACUUCCACAUUUUCUAUCAGAUAAUCGAAGGGGGAGAGGAGGACCUGCUGAGACGGCUCGGCCUGGAGAGAAACACUCAGCAUUAUCAGUACCUGGUCAAGGGCAACUGUCCCAAAGUGAGCUCCAUCAGCGAUCGUAGUGACUGGAAGGUGGUGAGAAAAGCCCUGACUGUCAUCGGCAUUAAUGAUGACGAGGUGGAGGAACUGCUGAACAUAAUCGCCAGCGUGCUACACCUUGGUAACGUGCAGUACAGCGAGGAAGAAAGCUACACCCACAUCACUUCGGACAUACAAAUAAAGUACCUGGCCAGGUUGUUAGGAGUGAAUGGGACGGUGCUGACAGAGGCACUCACACAUAAGAAGAUAAUUGCCAAGGGAGAGGAGCUUGUUAGCCCUCUGAACCUGGAGCAGGCGUCUUCUGCUCGAGAUGCUCUGUCCAAGGCUGUGUAUGGACGCACCUUCACGUGGCUGGUCAACAAGAUCAAUGCUUCACUGGCGUACAAGGAUGAAUCUCUUAAGAACUCUUCUGUUAUUGGCCUGCUGGACAUCUAUGGCUUUGAGGUCUUCCAGCACAACAGCUUCGAGCAGUUUUGCAUCAACUACUGUAACGAGAAGCUGCAGCAACUUUUCAUUGAGCUCACCCUGAAGUCAGAGCAGGAGGAGUACGAAGCUGAAGGCAUCACGUGGGAGCCAGUCCAGUAUUUCAACAACAAGAUCAUCUGUGAUCUGGUGGAGGAGAAGUUUAAAGGCAUCAUCUCCAUCCUGGAUGAGGAGUGCCUGAGACCUGGAGAUGCCAGUGACUUCACCUUCCUGGAGAAGCUGGAGAACACCCUGGGGGGACAUCCACACUUUGUCACUCACAAGCUGGCCGAUGGAAAGACCAGGAAGUUGAUGGGCCGCGAUGAAUUUAGACUGCUGCACUACGCUGGAGAGGUCAACUACAAUGUUAACGGAUUUUUGGACAAAAACAACGAUCUUCUCUUCAGGAAUUUAAAAGAGGCUAUGUGCAUGUCUGAGAACAAGAUUCUGACGCAGUGUUUUGACCGAGAUGAGCUUAGUGACAAGAAACGUCCUGACACGGCAGCCACCCAGUUCAAAGCCAGUCUGGCGAAACUCAUGGAGAUCCUCAUGUCCAAGGAGCCCUCGUAUGUCCGCUGCAUCAAGCCCAAUGACUCCAAGCAAGCAGGUCGGUUUGACGAGGUGCUGAUCCGUCACCAGGUCAAGUAUCUGGGACUGAUGGAGAACCUGAGAGUGAGGAGGGCUGGGUUUGCUUACAGACGGCGCUAUGAGAUCUUCCUACAGAGGUACAAGUCCCUGUGCCCAGAGACAUGGCCUAACUGGAAUGGAAAGCUGUCUGAUGGUGUGUCCACACUGGUCAAACACCUGGGAUACAAGCCUGAGGAGUACAAACUGGGCAGAUCCAAAAUCUUCAUCCGCUUCCCAAAGACUUUGUUUGCUACGGAGGAUGCACUGGAGACCAGGAAACAUGGCCUUGCCACCAAGCUACAGGCAGGAUGGAAAGGCUACUCCCAGAAAACCAAAUACCAAAAACUUAGGUCCUCAGCCAUUGCAAUCCAGGCAUGGUGGCGGGGCAUCCUGGCGAGGAGGAAGGCCCAGCGCAGGCGACAGGCAGCUAAUACUAUACGCAGGUUCAUUAAAGGCUUCAUCUACCGCCACAAAAAGCGCUGUCCAGAGAACGAGUAUUUCCUGGACUAUGUGCGCUACUCCUUCCUCACGAAUCUGCGCAAGAACCUUCCCAAAAACGUCCUUGAUAAAAACUGGCCAGCUCCUCCGGCUGCUCUGGUUGAGGCGUCAGAGCUUUUGCGCAAGAUGUGCAUGCAGAACAUGGUGUGGAGUUACUGCAAGAAGAUCAGCUCUGAGUGGAAACAUCAGAUGGAGCAGAAAAUGAUUGCCAGCGAGAUCUUCAAAGACAAGAAGGACAACUAUCCGCAGAGUGUUCCGAAGCUGUUUGUUGGCACAAGGCUCAAUGGUGAGGACAUCAACCCCAAAGCAGUACUAGCUCUGGGCACUGAGAAGAUGAAGUACGCUGUACCAGUCACCAAGUAUGACAGGAAGGGCUACAAGCCUCGGUCCCGGCAGCUGCUGCUCACUGCCAAUAGUGCCAUCAUCGUCGAGGAGGGCAAACUCAAACAGUGCAUUGACUACGCAGCCCUGAAAGACAUCUCGGUCAGCUCGCUCAGCGAUGGUUUGUUUGUUCUGCACGUGUCCAGUGAAGACAACAAGCAAAAGGGGGAUGUGGUUUUGCAAUGUGACCAUGUGAUCGAGACCUUGACCAAAAUCGCCAUCUGUGCCGACAAAAUCAACAGCAUCAACAUCAACCAGGGCAGUAUAAAGUAUACAGUGGGUAGUGGGAAAGAAGGAAUCAUAGACUUCACGCCCGGAUCAGAACUUCUAGUGGCAAAGGCGAGGAACGGACACUUGUCUGUGACUGCUCCGAGACUGAACUCCAGAUGAUGGCCACCCUGACCGGAACAUAGCAGGAAUCCCCUGAGCUCCCCCAUCCUCCAAUCACACGAACGCAGACCUCGUUCUGCCUAAGCCAAUCACGUACCGCCUGUCUCUACAUGGCAGAAUCUUGCGCUUCCAAUUAAAAUUUUAAACCGAAAACGCUUAAAAAUCUAGCUAAACUAAUUGAUAUAUUUAUGUUUAUAUAUAAUAUUUUUGAGAUUAAUAGUGUUGCUGUUUGAAUAUUCUGAUUUUAUAAACAUAUGUAUAUGGCCAAGGAAUAACAAAUAUUUCUGGUGCAUUUUUCUUGCACCUUGCCGGCUUAUUGUGCUUUAUUCUGGAACACGAACACAGUGAGGGACAAGACACAGACACCAAAGGAGAACAAGAGAACUGUGUCUGCAGAAGAUCAGAGUAACCUGUUGCUGGUGGCUGUCUUUUUUUCUCCCUCCUUUCUCAGUUGGACUAAUCACCUUAAUUUCUGCUAUUCUGGAGAAGAUGUCUUCUCAUUAAAUCAUGAAGGUGCACAGAUCAAGGCUAACAGCAUGUAGAGCAGACGAGGAGAGGUUAAGUGGUGAGGAAGAAAAAUUCAUCAGUAGGCCUAGAAUACUUCGACACAGAAACAGCUGCUGAUGUCAGACUGUACCUUUCUGCAAAUGCUGCAUGAAGAUGACCAAAGAAAGUGACAUGUGGAUAAGAGAGAGGCGAAAAACACAAUAAAGCAUAGCCAUGUUUUACCUUGAAGUCAGGUGCCUGUUUAUUUUAUUGGCUAAUUUCUUCAGAACAGGUUAUCAUUUGUUUUUGACAGAUUUGGGAUCACAAAGUCGUUUUUUGACUAAAUGUCUAACCACAGCUUUAGCUUCCCUGUCCUUAUUGCCACCUCUGUUCUGACGCUUCCUGCCAAGGCCUGAACUGGUCUACUGGGAACAUCUAGCAUCUAUACAGACGUGGUACAAAAGUGAUUCUGGCAGAUUUUCUUCUUGUGUAUGUAUAUUUCCAGAGAUGAGCUCAUUUACCUGAAUUCAGACUAUAUCUUGUAACUCUUGGACUCACAGUGCUUCUGUUUGGGCUUAGCUAAGGCUUAGCUUAGCUAAAACACCAAAAAAUACCAGUUUGAGAAGCAGAAGAUAUUAAUGUUGUAGAAAUGUUUUCCUUUCAAGGGAUUAAUUUCACAUUUUGGUUAAAGAUUUUAUAAGCCACUCUGUCAGUAGGCCUAUGAUAAAUCUUUAAAUGCUACAGGCUGGAGGUAGCUAGCUGAGCUUUAAUUGUCUCCAUUAGCAAUAAGGCUCAUCAGUGACACAAGUGUUGGACUAGAAUAGUUUUUAUGACAACAGGAAGGCUAGAUGGUCUGGAAAGAAAGGAAAUAAUAAGAAAAACUGCUCUCUUGAAACACUAAGAAUACCUAGCUUGGGUUCUUUGACAGAAAAUCCGUGUAGAGUUGAAACACCGGGCCCCCAGUGGACCAGUUCUGCAACAAACAGCGCUUACUCCAACUCUGACCUCUUUCAAACCAAAGACUGAUGAUGAAAAGCUUCCCAGAGGAACCUCUAAAUGUUUUCCGAGUAUAUAUAAAAAAUAUAUUUCACGUUUUUACCAAAUUUAUUCUAUGACAACUUUUUAUCCGCAUCAUGGUUCUGGGUGGUGGAGCAACACCACAAAACAGGACUGUGCCGCUGCACUUAUUAGCCAAAGAUCUUGUUAAUUUCUUGUGAUUCUGUGUUGUAUGAUUAAUAUAAUGUAAAUGUAUCUGUAAGGAAUGUCAUGUUUGUUUUCUUUGGGGGGAGAAGUUUGUAAAUGUAUAGUUUGUGAACUGAGCAGUUAAAGUAGAGAAUGGUUUGAUGAUGUGAAAUUCAAAAGAAUGCUUUUAAUCAUCCUUAAUGCACGCUUUGUGUUCACGUGCCUUCUUUUAGACAGACACAAGAUCUGCUUGCUGAUAGAAAUCCCUCUCUGACUGUCAGAGGUUUGCUCCCUCUGUGUGUACAAGCUUUAUUCGUACCAAGUCCAAUGUAUGCUGAUUUACAGAUGCACUCUGUUCAGUCCCACCUUACUGUACAACCAAUGUAUAACUAUGCCAACACACUAAAUAAUACUUAUAAUUUGAAUAAAUAAAUUUAAAAAUUUAAUUAAA